UUAAACUGUUAAUUCGUUUUAUUUAUCGUAUUAUGGCGUUCUUAAAUAAGAUAAAACCCAUUUACCUUUUUGAUAUAUUGUCAACUAUUCCAAAUAGUCGAUUUAUACAAAGGAGGAGCUGUUAUAGCAUAUUCGGGAUUAAAGAUUUAGUCCAACGAGAAAAACCUGUAGAAUGUUCCAUCGUGCCAGUGCAAAGCUCCAAUCACGAAACAGCAGUUAGAAUGGUGAAGCGUUAUUUUCUAACCGAGCACGUUUUCGUACUCGACCGGCACAUGGACUUAAAGAAUGACCGAGCUAUCGACGAAUACAUUCUUGGUCUUCUUAAACAGGGUAAUUCACUGUUUGCUAAGCUGGAGGACGGUACGAUUGCAGGUCUAUGUGUUAACUUUGCUGCCAGUCCGGUUGAUCCACAGAAUCUCCGGAACUAUGCAUUUUAUAGACAGGAUCCUAAUACGAAAGACUUCUUGUACUAUACUGCGAAGUUGCAAGAAACACCAAAUCUAUGGAGUAUUUUUGAGGAAGACAAAGUUUUUGAGAUAAAAAUGUUAGCCGUGUUACCGGAAUAUCGGAGACAAGGUACAGCGACCAUGCUUGCACAGAAAUCCAAAACUCUAGCACAGGAUCUGGGUUAUAGAGUUGUUCGCAUGGAUUGCAUUAAUCCUUAUGAUUACAAAAUAGCAGAACGUUGUAUGCUGUCGUGUUUGGUGAAAUUUCCCCUGCACAAGUUGCGAGGCCCGAACGCGCCGUUCAUCAAGAAAACAUCGGAAAACAACACGUGCGUGCGCGUUUUUGUAGAAACGCCCGUUAAGCAAGACUCUCCUAAGUUGACUGAUUUAGAAAGCAUGUUCGAAUAAAAUACUUUUGUCAAAGAUUCAUUAAAAACCAGUAUUUUCAA